AACAUCUGUUUCAUCAUUUCUCGGCAAAACAUUGCGGUUAUUGAACUGAAUCAGUCAGAGAAUUAAUUAACAAGAUCUUUAAUUAAUUACUAAAGUUCUCAACGUUAAUCGGAUCGGACUUUGACCUGCGAACUUGUUUUUCGGAGUUGCACGAAAAUGCGAAUUCGUCAGCGUUAUCAGGUAUCACAGUUAGCCGUGUAACGAGAGUUUUACCGUGCAACUUUAUAAGAGAUUGUAAAUAAACUACGAAAUAUGGAUAUUUUGCAACCCGAGCUGAUUUGGGUAGACGGUCGUUGUUACCGGGUAUACGAAAAUGUAAAACGCGUUCAAGAUGCUUGUAAUUUAUCUCCUUACGUCGAAGAUGACGAUCAAACGGCAUGCAAUGAUUCUGAAGAGGAAUAUGACAGUGGCAUAGAUAUUGUCCCACACGGAUCAAGAUAUAAACACACAUUUUCCGUGGCGAGAGUCCUCUUCAGAUCUAUUAUCGGAGCCAAAGGUGCGGUACAUAAGAAAUUAGAGGCUGAGACCAAAACUCAGAUAAAAAUUCCAAAGAUAGGAGAGGAUGGCGAUAUUGUAAUAAUUGGUAGCGAUCAUAGAGCAAUAAAAAAAGCACGUACUAGAAUAAAUUUAAUAAUAGAAACAGCUAGGAAAAGGCUGCCAAAGACUCACUUCGUGUCUAUACCAUUGAACGAGGGUCAGAUAAUAAUGAACUUCAACAUGUUCAAAAAUGACGUGUUAUCGGAUCCGGCGAAGAUACCUAAGGGUGUGGAUGAAAUGAUUUUCCAAAAACCAAGUAAAUUGCAUCUUACUAUCGGUGUACUGACGUUACUAGAUGCCGCGGAAAUAAAUAAAGCCGUGGAGGCUUUAGAUUUCUGCAAAAAACAUAUUGUGAAGCCGGCGAUUGAGAAGUAUGGGGAGAUCCCUAUACGUUUAAAAGGAACUGAGAUCAUGAACGACGAUCCUAGCGAAGCGAGAGUUCUGUACGCAGAGGUGGAGGAUCAGAACGAAAUUCUACAGAACAUCGCAGAUGAGAUUUUAUAUCACUACGACAGUAUAGGAUUGCUGGAGCAGAGAGAGAAGAAAGUUAAACUUCACGUAACUCUAAUGAAAACGUCGUAUAAAUUGAGCAAUGAGAACUUGAAGAAGGAUGGAAACGGGAGUCCGACAAAAACUAAGUUAACAUUCGACGCGAGAGACAUAUUAGAAGCUCAUAAAGACACAAUUUUCGGGGAGACCACAGUGAAGCAGAUUCAUUUAUCGCAGCGUCAUACGAUUAGUAGCAACGGGUAUUAUCAGGCGACUGCAAAGAUCAAUGUACACGAUGGAUUUUAAUAGAAUUUUAAUAACAUUUCCAAUUGUUAAAUGUAAGUUGAGUUUCCUAACGGUCUCAUAGGAAAUAAAUUAUUUCUCUCCCA